GGAGGAGCCGAGGAACCGAAAGAGAAAACAGGCCGCGCAGGCCGCGGAGGAGCCGGGCGCCUUAAUGGAGCUCCGUACGCUGCUGUGGCUGCUGUGGCUUCUGUGCCGGGGCGGCGGCGAUGCGGACUCCCACGCCUCCUUCACCCCGACCUGGCAGCGGAGCCGCGAGCAUGAGGCCGCCGCCUUCCGGGAAAGCCUCAAUAGACAUCGAUACUUGAAUUCUUUAUCUCCCGGUGAAAACUCCACCGCCUUCUAUGGAAUAAAUCAGUUUUCCUAUUUGUUUCCUGAAGAGUUUAAAGCCAUUUAUUUAAGAAGCAAACCUUCCAAGUUUCCCAGAUACUCAGCAGAAGUACAUAGGUCCAUCCCCAAUGUGUCUUGGCCAUUAAGAUUUGACUGGAGGGACAAGCAUGUUGUGACACAAGUGAGAAACCAGCAGACGGGAGAUGGACAACCAAAGUCAGUGGGACACACUCCAGCGCAGAAGACUGCAAGGAAGCCUAUGGAAGGGUUUCCUGCCCUGAGAGGAAAUUCAGAUUAG